CAAAAGAGGCUUUCACAAUCUUCUGGUAAUUUGUGUGUGUUUGUGUUUUAUUAUAGUAUCUUUAAGGGUUGGAGGUUUAACUCCUAAAACGUAUGAAUUGUAUUUUUUUCCUUCUUGAAAAUAAUUUUAGAAAGCCACUGGUUAGAGGAAAAAGUCAUCUUUAAAGUACAUGUUCUUUAACUUUCUAAGCUUUUCUUCUAUUGUAAAAAAAGUUUUUGUCAACAUUUGAUGCUCUAAAAUUGUACCAUCCUAUAUAGUAAAAAUGCACUUUGCCUGACUUUUGCUAACAAAAACAUAAAAAAAUCAUUAAAACAUCUUUGCAACUAAUGCAAAAAAAAAAAAGUAUUUUAACACGUGCUUUUUUAUAUAGUCUCUAGGCACAUUAGGUUGACAUUCCGAUAUAAACCUCUUUUUCGCCACAAGUCUAGGCUAUAAUGGCACGUACAAACGCAUAUUGGACGGAAAUGUUCUGUUCUGUCAUGCAUGCUUGUGUAAUAAAUUAAAUAUGAAUUUCAAACAUGCACAUUGCCAUAUCGCGUAUCUCAGACACGUACUUCCGGCGAUAGCGGAAGUUCCCGCUGCACGUCCAUUAAAAGCAAAAUUAAUGGCUUUUGUAUAAAAUACUGUCAAAUAUAGAAGAACGGCGGACAAAUGAGGAGCUUGCAUUGACAAACGAUGCUCGAUAUCGAACAAAGAGGCAGCGAGCAGCGCGCGUGAGCGGACAUCGGAGUUGAUUCUCCCUCAUGAAGGGGAGGCGGCUCAACAUGGAGGACUGCUUGCACACUUCCUCGGACAGCCUGGCUAAGCUGGUCAAAUGGGCCCACAGCCACGGAACCAUCUGCACCUUGAUCCCCAACCUCAAGCACAUGCUGAACGAGGGCUCUCACGGGUCCCUCACGGCCCUCUGGGGCUGCAGCGCCGGGCACGCCUACCACUGGCCCCUCAACGCCACCUGCAAGAAGGCAAACAAGGAACGCAACCAAGAAAGCCGAAGCAUCAACACGGACAGCAUGAUCCAGGCGGUGGCCGUCAUGCAGAACACCUCCGAGCGCUUCCUCGGCAAAAACAAGGGCGACUCGGCUCCGAUCCACGACUCCUGCGACAUCUCCAACUGCAGCGAACCGUCCGAGAUGGACGACAACGGCGAGGAGUACAACAGCCACCUGUACGACAUCGUCUGCGAGUCCUCGGCCACCGACGAAGACGGCGACUCCGACUUCAACCACGCCUCGAACAUCACGCCCAGGAAGAGAGCGGGAAAGGACGGCGGGGCCGAGGACGCCGCCGACCUGGCGUUGAAGAAAAUCAAACAAGAGCGAGGCGAAGACUAUUACAGCGUGGCCAACCCUCAGAUGCCCAGCAGCUCGGACGGGAGCCGCUCGGCGGGAGGCGUUGCGCAGUCGCCCAAACCCAACGUCCAGAACAGACCCCCGUCCAGGUCUUCCAUGAAGCCUUCCUCGGUAGACGGGGACUCUAUGGCGGUGUCCUCGUCGCCUCUGGACAGCUCGCCUUCUUCUAUGAUCAAACCCUUGCGAGCGCCUUUCCACGUGACCCAGAACAAAAUGCAGGCGAACUCGAACCCGGCUUGCAGUCAGAGUGCGACGAGCUUGCCGCACGCGGGACGGAUCGACGCUAUGGGCGUGCUGCACAGGGACGAGUUCCCCAGGUCGUCUUUGUCUUACGGGGAGGCUUCCAUGGGUGUGAACCCCGAGAUGGAUCUUCUAGCAGCGCAAGCACUUAAUACCGAAGCUCGAGCCGACAACGCAGGUUCACAUGAGAAGAUGGAUUAUGCUGUGAUUUUGAAAGCCCUCCAUGAGCAUCUCAUCCCAGCUGCGCACGGCUCAGAAGAGCAGUUCUGCCCGUCAGAUCUCAGUCCAAACAGUGAGAGGUAUUUUGAAGAGAGAAAACACCUGGAAGAGUUUAUAACAAGCAUAGAUACUAUAACUCUACAAAACCUUCAGACGGUCAUCGAUCGAAUCCUGGUGUUUCACGAGCGGACGCAGAUGCCCCUGUCCAGCCCGGCCCGGCUGGGAGAGCAGGAGCUGUUCCCGGGGAGCGGACUCUACCUGCCUCACUACAAACUGGCCUCCAUGCUGCAGGAGUCCCGGCAGGACAGCAUGAGACUCUUCCACCUGCUGUUUGAGCACUUCUUCAGCGAGGAGGAUCUGAACGGGGCCGUCGCUUUCGGGAAGAGGGGGAAAGUCCCCGACGGGAAAAAGAUCUUGGACAGAAGAAGAGUGGAUGGGAUUAUGUCAUAUGUUCUGCGUUGUUCCACUAUAGACGGAUGGACACCUGUGGAAUCAUCUAAGCUGAAGAAGGCCUGUAUUAAUAAAUGCAGGCUUCGAAUCGGUCAGAAAAAGAAGCAAGAAACUUCUCAAGAGUCCUUUAUUUUUUGUGACGAACAAUCUUCAGGCAAAAAUGACCCUUCCUAUAUGUAACUGCUGAUCCCAAAAAUUUCCAUUCACAGAAAAAUGCUAUUAUUAUUAUUAUUAUUAUUAUAAAAGAAACACUGUUCUGGCCGGUCGGUGUCUUGGACAUGAACGAUUCAGACUGACUUCAGUUUAGCUACGGCACUAAGAGAUGAAUGACACAUGAACUGUUUCCAUUCCGUUCAUUUCAACAAAACCAACAUAUCUAUACUGUGAUAGUUACUGACUAUUAACUCGUUCAGUCAACACAAACCUGUUUAUAACCAUUUAAACCUUUAGAUUAGUCUAGUGCUUAAUCAUGUUAGUCAUAUAGCAUUGUAACAAUCAAGACGAGAUAUUUUGAGUUUUGUCAAAUCAUUUUGAUGGUUUUUACUCAUCUCUAAUAUCUUUAAAUAUAAAAAUGUGAAUUAUCACUAUAUCAAAACCACCUUAAACUGUAUUUUAUCUUACUUUUUUUUCUCCAUGAAAGGAUUUGUUUCAUUGCUCAGCAUCACACCAAAUUGACAGAAAAAUUUAGAUUUUCGAUAUUUAUAAGCACUCUUCUGUAUUACAUUUGUCAUUUUUACUUAAGUGAGGUCAUGUAGGCCAAUCAGCAUUUAACAGCAUUAAAUUACUGCCAAAAAUGUGGUUAUUCAGUAUAAACAAUUCAUGAUAUUUCUGAAUUUCUUACUGUGAGGUGCAGUGAAAACAUCACUCAAGGGCUCACACAUUUACAGCAUCUGAUGGAGUUUAAUGGACGGCGGUAGCCUUUAAAACAUCGGAAGGCUCAGUAAGUCAGAUCACUUUUUACAAUCAAGUAUUACGUUUCUUUUAAAAAGAACUGGCAUUUGGUAGGUAUAUCAUGUUGCCCGUAAGUGUUUAAUGUAAAGGAAAAAAAACGACAUUAGCAUUUAUUAUGGUUAUGAAAGAGUCUUUUCAUAAUUGUUACGACGGUUUUAAAAGUGUCUUGUUUUGUACCUACACGCUGAUGCUGAACCUACCCUUAUUUUAGCACUUAUACAAAACCUGAUUUUUAUUUUCAAGUGUGUAAAUACUCCAUCAUCCUGGUGUGUCUAAAGUGGUCUUAUUUGUCAUUUUCUGAUGCAUUACAAUAAAAUCAAUGACCAAACGUUGUCCCUGAUCCGUUUUUGCCUUUGAAUCAGUUGCUGUAAUAAUCUGCUUUUCGCAUAUGGCAUCUUAUAUUAUAAGGUAGUGACUGCUUCUUAAUACAAUGCAAUUCUUUUAUUUCAUUUUCACUUUUAGACCGUAUCGGUGAUUUAGUGGCAUUACUUUGAGGUGGUUGCAUGGUCCAAUUAUGCUUUUUAAUGUAAUCACAAAAUCAAUGCAUUUGAAUAGGUCUUGGUAGAAAUAGCAAAAAUAACCGCACUAAAAGGAAAAGCAUUUAAAUGAGCACUUUAAAGAAGAUCUAAAUUUAAACCAACCUGAAACAAGGGCAAAGAAAUCUCUGGGGGAGUAACAAAAACUAACAACAAAAGCAAUGAUAAAUGGACCACAUUGGAAUAUUUUACAUGGCAGUCAAUCAGAAUAAACUUUAAUGAAAAAAGAAGUUGCAUAUUUUUACUACACUGAAAAGAUAUUUUGAAUCCAGGUAAGAAUAAGAUGCAUUUGAGUUAAAAAUAUACUUUCUUUUUUUUUUU